AUAGCCUUGCAGCCUGUUGAAGCUCCAGGAACUGUUAUCACGCUCUAUCUGCUCCGCCACUUCUUCUACAUCACCAUGUCUGUACACAUCAGCAGGGGUACUUCUUCAGGGUCCUCCAAGGGCUCUGUGAUCACUCAACGCAAGGGUGGCUCUGUGGUCGGCAUACCCAGGGCGCUCAGCGUCUAUGGGGGUGCAGGUGGAAGGGGGAGCCGCAUCUCUGCUUCUGUCUACGGGCCCUCCACUGGCAUCUUGUCUGGAUACGGUUCUGCAUGGGGCCAUGGUUCUGGAGGUGGCUUCGGUUCCGGAGGAGGCUUCGGUUCUGGAGGCGGCUUCGGUUCUGGAGGAGGCUUCGGUUCCGGAGGAGGCUUCGGUUCUGGAGGUGGCUUCGGUUCUGGAGGUGGCUUCGGUUCUGGAGGUGGCUUCGGUUCUGGAGGCGGCUUCGGUUCUGGAUGGGGCAUCUUACCCGGAGGUUGCUACAGUCAAGACAGCAUGACCAACCUCAACGAGAAGGCCACCAUGCAGAACCUCAACGACCGUCUGGCCGCCUACUUGGAGAAAGUGCGCACCCUGGAGGCAGCCAAUUCCAAGCUGGAGCUCCAGAUCCGUCAGUUUCAUGAGCACAGCCAUCCCAUCGCCCAGCGGGACUACAGCCUGUACUGGAAGACCAUCGAGGAGCUGAAGGAUAAGAUCAUCCAUGUCACCAUUGACAACUCCAGGAUUCUGCUGCAGAUCGAUAAUGCUAAACUGGCCGCUGAUGACUUUGCAACCAAGUACCAGCAGGAGCUGAUGAUGAGGCAGUCCGUGGAGAACGAUAUUGCCAACCUGCGCCGUCUCCUGGACCAGACCUCCGUCACCAAGGCUGAUCUGGAGAUGCAGCUUGGGAGCCUGCGUGAAGAGCUGGCUUACCUCAAGAAGAACCAUGAGGAGGAGAUGAGGGCUCUGCGUUCUCAGGUAGGCGGGACGGUCAAUGUGGAGGUGGACGCUGCCCCACAGCAGGACAUGUCCAGAGUCCUGGAGGAGAUGCGCAUGCAGUACGAGGGCAUCGCCGACAAGAACCGCCGGGAAGUGGAGGCCUGGUACAAAGACAAGUUCGACAUGCUGAGCCAUCAGGUGACCACCAGCACUCAAGCCAUAGAGACCAGCAGGACUCAAAUCAACGACCUCAGACGCACAGUCCAGGGGCUGGAAAUCGAGCUGCAGUCGGUGCUCAGUAUGAGACAAGCCCUGGAGAACACACUGGCAGAGACAGAGGCUCGCUACAGCAACACGCUGCAGGGUUACCAGAACACCAUCAACAUGUUGGAGGCUGAGCUGAACCAGGUCAGACUGGACACAGAGCGCCAGGCCAUGGAGUACAAGCUACUGCUGGACAUCAAGACCCGGCUGGAGAAGGAGAUCUCCACCUAUCGCCAACUACUGGACGUUGAGGCUGCCCAAAUUCCAACAGGCGUAAAAGAUCAAUAUAUCACCACAACCAAAACCGUUGUCCAGGCAAAGUAACUUACAGACACGGACGCCACUGCACAGCGCCGUGCAGAAGAGAGCCUGCUCCACACACUCCUGCAAUACUCUCUGGCUUCAACCAUGCUCCACUCUGAAUCUCUUCAGCCUCCUCUAUCGCUAUAUUGUUUGUAUGCAGAUAAGACGCUACAUGCGCAAACAAAAAAUUAGGGAAAGUAAAAGUAUUGGGCUGUUUGAGAGAGAAUCUGCAACACCUCCCCCGAUUGGUUAAACUCAAAUUCAGCUCAUUAAUAAUGGAUAUGAAUUGGAAUGC